AAAAAAAUUGAGGAAAAAAGAAAAUGAAAAACACAAAAUAAAGAAAGUAAAAACAGGAGAAGGAAAAAGUGAAAGAAUAAAUGAUAAAAAUAAAUGAUGAAAAUAAAUGACAAAUAAAUAAUGAACUUAGAGACUCGUUUGAGAAUUUAAUGUCUUUGCAAACUCUAUGACAACAACACAAGACGAAGAAAACGAGAACCAGGAGAGGAAGACACUGACACAGUGACGCUGAGAAAACGACAGUGGGCAAACAUGAAUCUCGCUCUCUUACUCAUCUCUCUGCCUCUCUUCCUUGGUGAGGCGUGGGGCGUGUCAAUCGUGCGUCUUACUGCUCCCGAGGUGGUGAGGGCCAAUUCUUCAGAAGUGGUGCUGGAUUGUGACUACCAGGUGGAUGAGUGGGAGAGGCCAGGGCUGGUGGUGAAGUGGUACUUCGACAAAAUCCACCUGGUGUACCAAUGGAUCCCUCCGAGACACCCACAGGUCCUUGGAGUGUUAGCUGGACACGUGGACACAACCUACAGUGUCUCCCACGACCCUCUGGCUGCCCACCGCGCCCUCAGAAUCCCACGCCCGCACCCAGCUCUCUCCGGACAGUACUCCUGCACUGUCAGUACUUUUGAGGAUGAGGACACACGCACCGCUCCGCUCUUGGUGUGGACGCCUCCUACCUACACGGAUCUCAAGUACUGGCGCCCCUCGGAACACCUUGUCAACGUUACCUGCGCAGCGUCUGGAGCAGCGCCUAGACCCGAAUUUACCUUGUACAUCCGUGACCCCAACGGUACAAGGCAAGACGUGGGCGUGAGAGGCACCAGCGGACAUCAGGAGGGGGGUGUGUGGUGGGCGGGGGCAUGGGGCCUGAUAGUGUGGGCGGACACGGAGCCUGGAUCAGAGGUGGGGUGUACUGUGACUCUGCCAGGAACACCACAUGAGGAGACGAGGAAGAAGAUAUACCAUGCAGAUUUGCCGAUCAUCACCACCACCACCACCACCACCACCACGACGACGACCACCACCGCCAUUACCACCACGACAGACAGUCAGCCACGGCCAAGAUCCAACACUUCACAGGAUGGAACUGACACAAGCUUCUUUGAUUUCCCAAGUUUGUUCGGCUCAACCAGCACAGGGGGAGCGCCGCGCCUCACCAUCUCCCGGGCCUUUUCUGCACUCUUAUUCGUGGCGAUACAAGUGUGGAGUACAUCAAUGGUGACGCUGUGAAGCACGACGGCCGCCAUCUUGCUGCACCUCGACCCACAUCAAAACAGAGAGAGAGAGAGAGAGAGAGGUGGCACAGGUGUAUAUUUUAGCUGUAAGCACGUGAGAUAAUGUGGUGUGUGUGUGUGUGUGUGUGUGUGUGUGUGUGUGUGUGUGUGUGUGUGUGUGUGUGUGUGUGUGUGUGUAAUAUACCUGUAUUUUAAUGAAGGCUUGUUUCUGUACUUCAAUCGAGAGCUUAUACAUUGACAUCACUUUGACAUCUACUACUGCGUGAUGGUAGACUUAAUUAAGAGAGACAACUUUCAUAUCGUAUUCCCCACCCUUUGAUAUCGCCUUUGUGGUCACGUGAUUGAGUACAUUCAUCACAUCACUCACCUCUAAAACCAGAUCAGAUUUUUACACCUCAAUUCUUCACUUCAAUAUAAGGUCACUGUACGGUUUUCCACUAUUCAAUGACUGAUAUUCUAUUUAUUUCUACUUUUUUUUCAUUUUUCAGUCAGGUAAGCUUUAAAACUGUUCGUUCCCUCAAAAAUUUAAUCACUCAUUCUUCACUUCAAUAUAAGGUCACUGUACGGUUUUCCACUAUUCAAUGACUGAUAUUCUAUUCAUUUUGUCUUUCUUCAGUGUGAGGUAAGCUUUAAAACUCUUCUUUCUCUCAUGUCGCUGGUUAAAAGGUUUAUAUUCACCAAAAACACUAGAAAACACCAGUAAUAUAGUGAUUCUUGGUUGUAAAGACAGGGAGGUGAUGGAGGAGGGGAAGAGGACGGGAAGGAGGAGGAAGGCGAAGAUAAUGUUGGGAGAAUGAAAGGGAGGAGAAGGAGGGGUGAAGGAUAGAAAGAAAACAAUGACUAGAGGAAAACGGGAAGAAAUUUAUACAGUGUUGAUGUAUUGAAGUGACUUUUCCUUGAUUUUGGUGUUACGAGCGAAGAGGGAAACUAUACAGGGAAAAAAAACUUUUAUCCCAUAUACUUCACUUAUCUUUCCGCAGUCUCUUCGUAAUAUUUAGAGAUUUGAUUUGUGAAGAAGGCAAUGCUGAUAAAAGUUACGGGGAGGAUUGUGGACAGACAGAAAAUAAAAUUGGAAAGCCGUGCUGAAGUGUAGCACUAGAAAGACUACGGAAAAAUGAGGAUGUAGUUUAUAUUUAGGGAUCGGAUUUGUGAGGAAGGCGAUGCUGGUAGAAGUUACGGGGAGUGUGGAUAGAUAGAGAGUAAGAUAAGACGUGCUGCAGCGUAACAUGAAUAGAAAGACUACGAAAAAGGACACAAGGAGUAGAAACAGACGGAAAGGUUAACUCGAGCGGCUGACCUUACUUAACACACACAGCUGUAAUAAGGUCGUAUAAGAAAUUUGUUUGUAUUAAGGAUGAAUUGGGAAGUACAUAGAGAAAAACCUUUAUUCCAUCUCGUUUUAUUUCUAUUUAUCUAUCUAUUUAGUUUCGUCUGUUGCUCGUCUCUUAGUUUACGUAGAGAGUUCAAGGAAAAUUAUCUCUAUAUUUGAUUUUUCUGCUUAAAAGUUGAUAUAUAAUUCAUACCAUACUACUACUACUACUACUACUACUACUACUACUGCUACUACUAUUACUACUACCACUACUGCUACUACUAUUACUACUACUAGUUUACUACUACUACUACUACUACUACUAUUAAUACUAAAAGACCAUUACUACUACUACUACUACUACUACUAUUACUAAUACCACUACUACUAUUAUUCCUACCACUACCACUAGUACUAUAACUACUACUACUACAAAAACCAUUACUAUUACUACAACAACAACAACAACAACUACUACUACUACUACCAUUCAUAGAAAACGGGAGUAGGACCAACAGGGUAAACUAUGGUAAACUAUUUUUCCUUAAGGGGGAUGGGGGAAGGAUGGGUGAUGGUGGGGAGGACCAAUUCUUUCACCCCAGCACUUGUAUGUGGCCUUGGGAGGGGGGUGGGGGUGACUGGAGGGGUGACUCUUUAUAUUAGACUCUUAAUAGAUGGGGUGUGUGGAAGUGGAGGUGAACAUUUUUGGCAAGAAUUGUGUAUACUUUCAAUAUCCUGUGUGUGUGUGUGUGUGUGUGUGUGUGUGUGUGUGUGUGUGUGUGUGUGUGUGUGUGUGUGUGAUGGAAGAUGGAGACGAAAACAAAUAAAUAGAUUGGAUAUUACAUUUUUUUCAUCACAAAUCAUAAAAAAAAAGAUGAAAAAAGUGAUUUAUUUUUCUAUUUUUUUCAUUCCUUACUCAUAAAAAAAAAUGCACGUAAACAACGGAAAAAAAAAUAUAUAAGUGCAUUUUCAUUGAUUUUCUACGUUUAUAUUCAGUAAUACAAAUUUAAAAACGAAAAUAAAGAAAUAAAAUAAAAUAAAGGUAAUAUAUUAUGAAACAUUGCACUAAAAGACGUGUGUGUGUGUGUGUGUGUGUGUGUGUGUGUGUGUGUGUGUGUACUAUACUAGUCUUAAUUCGAGGUGGUAAUCAUAGUGGUGGUGAUGGUGGUAAUGAUACUAAUAAUGAUGAUGAUGAUGAUGAUGAUGAUGAUGAAGCUGAUGAUGAUAUUCAAUGACUACUUAACAACCACCACCACCACAACCACCACCACCACUAACUACUAUACACCACAUCAAUGAACAAUUUGUAACAUUAUUUUGUAAACUAUUGUUGUUUUUAACUGAUGAAUGUCAUAAUAUAUUUAUUAUAUUA